AAACCCCCAGUGUGAACUGGGCAAUUUAUUCUAAGGAAAGCGAAGGGAAAAAAAUCCCAGGAUUUUAACAAAAGAAGAAAGAGUGAAUGGGUAAAACAAGGCUUGGAGGAGGAAUCGUCACCCUCGUAGCUUUCCCACCACAAUGUCCUUACUAUCAAUUGAAGGAAAGUCACAGGACUGGUGAGUGAGGUAGGUGGGGAGCUGGCACUCACCUAUGCCUGGAUUGUGAGGACCAUAUGGAGAUGUCUCUGGUUGACUUCUACUCCACCUGCAGGACACCAUCUCAGUGCCUGGAGAGGGGGCAGAUGUUCUGACACCCAUUGGGGACAAGCUAAACCCCCCUAAAAAGUAAGGACUUCAUGUUGUAUCCGUAUCUGCCGGUAGCAAGUCUUUGCUGGGAUGCCAUUUUCCGAUAAGGACAGGAGCCUCCAAGGUGUCUACAAGUCGACCUCCCACCAGCAUCACCAGCUUCACCCCGGAGAGUGUGGCAAGAGGAUGUGCAGCGAGUGUUACACCAACCAGACCUUUGUCUACGACGAUGGCAGCACCCACAAGUAUACUUCCAGGCUUGCACCUGACAAGAGCGGGGUCAUCCUAGACAUCAGCACCCUGAAAAUGAACGAGCUGGAGACCGAGGUCCCUCCACUGCCUCCACGAUACAGAUUCAGGGAUCUUCUGCUUGGGGAUCAGACCUUCCAGAAUGAUGACAGAGUACAAGUCGAGUUUUAUGUUAACGAAAACACCUUCAAGGAAAGACUCAAGCUCUUCUUCAUCAAAAACCAAAGAUCAAGCCUCAGAAUACGUCUCUUCAAUUUCUCGCUGAAGCUGCUUUCCUGUCUCUUGUACAUAGUGCGCGUGUUGCUGGAUGAUCCAACGCAUGGAAUCGGAUGCUGGAAUUGUGAGAAGCAAAACUACACGACUAAAGUCAAUACACUGAGUAUAAACUGGGAUCCAAUCAUCUGGGUGGACAGGAGGACGCCGCUCUGGGCUAUUCAGGUCACUGUGGCCAUAAUCAGCUUCUUAGAGACGAUGCUUCUUAUCUAUCUCAGCUAUAAGGGGAACAUCUGGGAGCAGAUCAUCAGGAUUUCCUUCAUUCUGGAGAUGAUGAACACGGUUCCUUUCAUCAUCACAAUAUUUUGGCCGCCUUUAAGAAAUCUGUUUAUCCCGGUUUUUCUGAACUGCUGGCUGGCAAAGUGUGUCCUGGAGAAUAUGAUAAACGAUCUCCACCGCGCCAUCCAGAGAACGCAGUCGGCCAUGUUUAAUCAGGUGAUCAUUCUGAUCUGCACCCUACUAUGCCUUGUGUUCACAGGGAUGUGUGGCAUUCAACAUUUGGAAAGAGCCGGGGAAAACCUUUCACUCUUCAAAUCGUUUUACUUCUGCAUCGUGACUUUCUCUACGGUGGGAUACGGAGAUGUGACUCCCAAAAUCUGGCCCUCGCAGCUCCUGGUGGUGAUCAUGAUCUGUGUGGCGCUCGUGGUCUUACCUCUCCAGUUUGAGGAGCUGGUGUUCUUAUGGAUGGAGCGUCAGAAAUCUGGAGGAAACUACAGCCGGCACAGAGCUCAGACAGAGAAGCACGUGGUGUUAUGCGUCAGCUCCCUCAAGAUUGACCUCCUCAUGGACUUCCUCAAUGAGUUCUAUGCACAUCCUCGCCUCCAGGAUUACUAUGUGGUUAUCCUUUGCCCAACAGAAAUGGAUAUACAGGUCCGACGUGUCCUGCAGAUACCGCUGUGGUCACAGAGGGUGAUCUAUCUCCAAGGGUCGGCCCUCAAAGACCAAGACCUCAUGAGAGCAAAGAUGGACGAUGCCGAAGCUUGUUUUAUCCUCAGUAGCCGAAACGAGGUGGACCGCACUGCCGCAGACCAUCAGACCAUCCUGAGAGCCUGGGCGGUGAAAGAUUUUGCCCCCAAUUGCCCGCUGUACGUCCAGAUUUUAAAGCCCGAAAAUAAAUUUCAUGUUAAAUUUGCAGAUCACGUGGUUUGUGAAGAAGAGUUCAAGUAUGCCAUGUUGGCAUUAAACUGUGUGUGCCCCGCCACCUCCACUCUCAUCACACUUCUGGUUCAUACCUCAAGGGGGCAGGAAGGUCAGCAGUCGCCGGAGCAGUGGCAGAGAAUGUACGGCCGAUGUUCCGGCAAUGAAGUCUAUCACAUCCGAAUGGGGGACAGCAAAUUCUUCAUGGAAUAUGCAGGGAAGAGUUUCACCUAUGCGGCUUUCCAUGCACACAAGAAGUAUGGGGUGUGCUUGAUAGGUGUGAGGAGAGAGGACAAUAAAAGCAUAUUACUGAACCCCGGCCCCAGGCACAUCAUGGCCGGCUCAGACACCUGCUUCUACAUUAACAUCACCAAGGAGGAAAACUCUGCAUUUAUCUUCAAACAAGAAGAGAAGCAGAAACGGAAAGGCAGAGGGAUAUGUGGAGAACCGUCCAGACUACCAGUGCACAGCAUCAUUGCCAGCAUGGGUACAGUAGCCAUGGAUCUACAAAACACAGAAUGUCGGCCGAUCAACAGCAGCAAGCUGACCCUUCCUUCGGAAAACGGUUCCGGCAAAAGGAGACCCAGUAUCGCUCCAGUUCUCGAAAUUGCAGACAGCAGCACAGUGUUACCCUGUGACCUACUCAGCGACCAGUCGGAAGAUGAAAUGACGCAGUCUGAUGAGGAGGGUUUCCCCGUCCUGGAGUACGUCAAAGGCUACCCCCCCAACUCUCCCUAUAUUGGAAGCUCCCCGACUCUCUGCCACCUGCUACCUUCCAAAGCUGCCUUCUGUUGCCUGCGCCUAGACAAGGGCUGCAAACACAACAGUUUUGAAGACGCCAAAGCCUACGGCUUUAAGAACAAGCUUAUCAUUGUAUCCGCCGAGACGGCAGGGAACGGGCUUUAUAAUUUCAUCGUGCCUCUGAGAGCCUACUACAGAUCCCGGAAGGAACUCAACCCCAUUGUUCUGCUGCUGGAUAACCCGCCGGACAAUCACUUCCUCGAGGCAAUUUGCUGUUUUCCAAUGGUCUACUUUAUGGUCGGCACCAUAGAUAAUUUGGAUAAUCUGCUGCAAUGCGGGAUCAUCUAUGCCGACAACCUGGUGGUGGUGGACAAGGAGAGCACGAUGAGCGCAGAGGAGGAUUACAUGGCAGAUGCCAAGACCAUAGUGAACGUGCAGACCAUGUUCAGACUCUUCCCAAGCCUCAGCAUCACCACCGAGCUGACCCACCCGUCCAACAUGCGCUUCAUGCAGUUCAGAGCCAAAGACUGUUAUUCCCUGGCUCUUUCUAAACUGGAAAAAAAAGAACGAGAGAACGGAUCAAACUUGGCAUUCAUGUUUCGCCUCCCGUUUGCUGCGGGCAGAGUCUUCAGCAUCAGUAUGUUGGACACGUUGUUAUAUCAGUCCUUUGUGAAGGAUUACAUGAUCACUAUCACCCGGCUGCUCCUCGGACUGGACACUACCCCAGGAUCUGGGUAUCUAUGUGCGAUGAAGAUCACGGAGGACGACCUGUGGAUCAGGACAUACGGGCGGCUGUUCCAGAAGCUCUGCUCCUCCAGUGCGGAGAUUCCUAUUGGGAUCUACAGGACGCAGUCGCACAUGUUCUCUACGUCAGAGCCACAUGACAUCAGGACGCAGUCCCAAAUCUCGAUCAACGUUGAAGAUUGUGAAGACACAAAAGACACAAAGGAACAUUGGACGGCAAAACCCAGUCACAGGAACUCUACGUCCAGUGAUCAGUCCGAGCACCCGCUGCUGCGCAGGAAGAGCAUGCAGUGGGCACGGAGAUUGAGCCGGAAGGGCAACAAGCAGUCCGCCAAAACAGCCGAGUGGAUCAGUCAACAACGCCUGAACCUGUAUAGGAGAUCAGAGCGGCAGGAGCUGUCUGAGCUGGUGAAAAACCGCAUGAAACAUCUGGGACUGCCAACUACAGGCUAUGACGAGAUGAAUGAUCACCAGAACACGCUGUCUUACGUCCUCAUAAAUCCCCCGCCGGACACACGACUGGAACUCAAUGACAUUGUAUAUCUCAUCCGAUCGGACCCUUUAGCUCACGUGGCCAAUGACUCCCAAAGCCAAAAAAGCUUCAAUAGUUACAAGACAGAACAAACAGGAAAUCCAGAGACAAGAGACGAGACGCAGCUAUGAGAACAAGCCUGACUCAUGGACAAGAACUCUCUGCCAUAUUGUAGGCCAUGAGUCAUGUGAGCCGGACUUUAUCAAAGACUUAGAGGAUUCCCCAUGGUCUUCACUGCCAGCGACAGAUACGGACCACCUUUCCCUAGACAUCUGGCGCAGCUUCGUCACGUGAUUCACGGGAACCUUUCAUGACAAAACAAAAACUUUUUUUUGUACCAUAUCAGUAACGUUCGGCCAUCGGGUUCAGGGUCUGUACCAAUCCCAUACUACAGCAAGAUUACAGAAUUUUUUUUUAUUUCGAAAACUUUAGCAAAAAAAAAAUUUCUGAACCCAAUUUCCCAAUCUAUUCUCUAUUGAUUGCACUAGACAACUCCAAAUCACAAAAGGGGGUCACGGGGACCCCCAUAUGUUCCUGAACCAUAUUCAUAGUAUAGUCUUAGUUGAACAAAACAAGAAAAAAACUUUUUGAAAUCAGAUUUUGUUUUUAAGAUAUACCAACGUCUCAUGUUCGCCUUUCUAUAGGAGACUGGGGUAUAAAGAGCAGUAACAGUGUACAGCGUUAGGGUGCGUUUACAUCCGUUAGCAGGAAACGGUGAGAGAAUGUCAAGACUGCCUCUUGCCAUAUUCCGGCCAGGUCCGCACCGUACCCAUUGAUUUCAAUGAGCCACCCCCAGUCAGGUAGUGUCUCUGGUUGGCUUGCUUUGAGACUGUAUCUGCGGUAAAUGAUUUGAUUAUUUCUGCCAGCACUGUCCACCAGGGAACUUCCUGCAAUGGUUAAUAUAAAUGAAUGACCAGUCGCUGAAAUAUACUGUGGUCUGCUGCGCAGUCGAAAAAUAAGCCGACCAGAGACACUAGCUGACUUCGGUUGGCUCACUGAAAGCAAUGGGGCAUGAUAUGGAUCCAGCAUGACAUGGUUCUGAAAUUCUUCCACCGUAUCCGGCUGCCGGAAUCGUAAUGCAAGAUGUAAAUGCAACCUUAGGUGGAAAUUUCCCGGAAUGCCCACCUGGAAAACACAGGCAGACAUGCCACAAAUAGUGGGCUCCCGCAGGAACAUGCCAGCGCUAGGGCCAGAACUGAUUCAGGAACAUGCUGCCGCUGGGACCCUCUGAAUUGCACCGUCUUCAUAAAGACAAUGCUUUUCCGAUUGGAUUCCGCUGCAUGCACGGUGUGGCGUACACUGGAAUCGUAAUUUCCAUCCAGUUCAGCUCAUUUUAGGGACAAAAUUUCCUUCCUGACUACAAAUCUGGCAUCAGAAUAAAUCCCUGGGUCAGUCCAUUGCCUACUUAAAGGGGUACUCAGCCCCUAGACAUCUU